AUGAGUGUUCCUUUCCAACAGUUGUACAAAGAAAAAGAAGAACUUCAAGCGCAGGUCGAAAAAGUGAACAAAGAGAUAUCCCAGAUCAAGCGAGAGAUGUUGGGGGAAGUGAACAUUGAUCAGCGGAUGAUGGAUAUAAUAGAAAUAAAGAAGUACUUUGAAACGGUGAAGAACAAUGUCGAGAUGCGGAAAGUCUUUAACACGUCAUCGAAAAUGAAAAAGGAGAAAAAGGGAAAUUAUGAAAUGACUUUACGACGGCAAAAAGCUCUCACUACAAAACUUGGUGAUAAUGAACCAUUGUAUAAUGUCAUUGAAAUAAGAAAACAAUUCAUCAUCGACUCGAUUGCCAGAGAAAUCGAAAAGAUCUCAAGGACUGAAGAAUUUGAAAAGCCCUCGUUUGAAACAACUGUCAAGGAACUUGUGGCGUCGUUGGAGAACCAACUUGACACCGACUGUAAAACUAAUGACGUCGAGAAUCUCCUCAAAACAUUUGAUGUGAACUCCGCGGUACUGAGAAAAACAUCGACACUCUUUAAAGUGACUUCGAGACUAUUCACAUUGGAACCCAUUGUGGAGGAAGAAAGUAUUGGGUCUGACGAAGAGCGUGCAAAGAUCGAAGAAUGUGAGAAAACAACGUUCAUCAACAUCACUCGGAAAGUUGCGGACUUUGCGGUUGCUAUGGAAGAUGCGAUAUGUUUGAGUGCCGUUAUGUUGGGUAAACCACAUAUUGAUUACUCGGAAGACUUUUUCGAUAUGUGUGUCCAGACAUUGGACUCUCUCACAGCCUUUGGUGGGAACGUAGUGGACUUGUUGAAAAGACUUUCUGCGCUGAGAGAACAAAAAGUGUACGACACAUACGAAAAUGAAUUAUCUGGGUAUUACAAUAUAAUAAAGACAUUACUUGCAAAUCAGAAUGAAGUGAACAUACAAGCACUAACAAAAGAAAUUGAAAAUGUGAAUGACAUUAAAGACGAGUUUAGACCUGGAGAUUUGGAGGAGAUUAUUAGAGAAACUGCAUUGCGCCUUAAAAUGAGUGUGUCGUAUGCUUUAAUGAUCGCACACGCUGCUGCUCAUUUAAAGCCAAAGGAAAUUGGAAAACUCGGAGAGGAAGUGACCGAAGUGAAAAAGAAGAAAGACGACAAGAAGAAGGAGGAGUCGAAAAAAUUCAACAUCUCGAAGAAGCUUUGUUUAGAAAAGGCUUGUCUAGUUGAGGUUGUCAUGCUCAUGAUGAACGUCUCUCAACUUUUGAUAAUGUUUUACGACCAAACAAGAGUAAUAGUUGCUUUAAAGAAAGCAGAAAGAGUACCAACGACAUUUACUGGGAACCCAGAAGUGAUUGUACAAAAGAACCAUGUUGUCUCUGGGAACGUCGGUGGAUUUAUUGACAGAAUGACAUCGACGACAGACCAAAACUUUGCGGAAUUGAUGGUUGCAUCCUUUGGGUCAAUGAUGUCUUCUAAAGAAUUUAUUGAGAAAACGGUGAAAGCGUAUAACGUUGGAGAUGCAAAGGUAAAGGAGAAUGUGAUGAAUGUUGUUGAGAUAAUUAUUUAUAAAUCGUUUGGAGAUUUAGGGCUUGAGGCAGGGAAGAUAUUGUACGACUUUUUGACACCAUUGAAAGACACAAAAGCACUCGAACUCAAGGUGCAAUAUCAGAGGAAAGCAACUAUUAGAGACUUGAAUAUUGCGGGACUACUCAUUCCCCCUAUCAACUUUUUUAUCCCAGACGAGCCGAUAUUCCCAAUCGAAUUUUUCAUAUCGUGUGACCCUAAAGAAAUAGCCCGACAAAUGACAGUCAUCGACUUUGGAGUGUAUAAAAACACUAAACCCUCGGAGUUUCUUGAGAACAUUCCCGAAAUACACAAGAAGAAUAGGGUGUGCAGAUACUCUCAUGUUGCACAGAUGAUCGACCGAAUUGACGAAGUUGCAAAUUGGACGUCUUCGAUGAUUCUGAUUUUUGCUGAUUUCAAAAAUCGAGUGGCGAUGUUCCAGAAGAUGAUAGACAUUGCUCUUGAACUUGAACAACUCAACAACUUCCAGUCACUUGCUGGUAUUUGCAAAGGGUUUGAACUUGAGACGGUGCAACGCCUUGGGAUGACUGUGAAGGCAGUCAAUUCUCCAAUGAAACACAUUGCUGAUAUCACGAAAAACUUUGGGUUUAGUACAUACUCAUUCAAGGGAUAUAAAAGUGCGUUAGACAAAGUGAAAGAUUAUUGUGUCCCAUACAUCUCUCCUUUGCUUAAAGAGAUUCGGUCAAUCACACAGAAGUACCCAAGCACAAACUUGUUCAUUAACGCACAACAAAAGGAGCAAAUACUCGAUGAAGUUAACAAAUUUUUGAGGUUUAAAAACAACGACUAUGGGUUCAUCCCAACUGAACCACUCUUCGUCAUCUUAGCAAAUCCAACUUACUUGCCAAUCGUCGGAAAUAACCAGACGGAAGAGUCGUGCCAACUUCAGGUGUCGAAACUUUGCGACGACUCAUAG